GUCAUGUGCUGACGCUAUAUGAGCGAGCGCGCUCUGCUGGCGCGACUCCCACAAUUACCCUCCGCUUCUUUCCCCUCUUCCCUUCUCCAGCUUCUCCUUUUUCCCUUUCCAUUCAGAUUCGGCAGUCGUGCGGCGGGGUCUGGAUCACCUGUGCUCUGUUCUCUGAUCUCUACUGGAUAAUCCCCCUUUCCCCUCGCGCAUCCAUUCCCCGCACAUCGUCUCCAGGCGCACGACACCACCACAACCAUGGCGAGCCCAGCACAGCCAGCGCAGCCUGCGGCGCGCACGAACAGCGAGUGGGACGGGAUGAUCAAGUUGAAGCUCGGGCGUGUGAUCUCGGACAACACGAAGCCCCUCACCGCGCUUUCCCUCCUCAGUGGGCCGGACCAGCAAGUUGCGCAGGCGAUCGAUCAUACUCUUCUCGCCCCCGACGCGACGCCCGACCAGAUCGAGGCGGUAUGUGAUGAGGCGCUUAAGCACGGGUUCAAGGCGGUCUGCGUUCACGGAUGGCACAUCCCCCGGGUGGCGAAGCGGCUGAAGGGGUCGAAGACAGUGCCCUGCGCCGUGAUCGGCUUCCCCCAAGGCGCGGGCAAGUCGAGCGCGAAGGCCUUCGAGGCCGCGGAGGCCGUCCGCGACGGCGCCGCUGAGGUCGACAUGGUGAUUAAUCUCGGCGCCCUUAAAGCCGGAGACUUUGCGACCGUCUACAACGAUAUUGCUGCAGUCGUCAAAGCCGCCGCACCCGCGGACGUGAAGGUCAUCCUCGAGACUGUCUUCCUCUCGGACGCACAAAAGGUCGCGGGAGCGUACAUCGCGGCAGAGGCAGGCGCGGCAUGGGUGAAGACAUGCACAGGGUUCGCGGGCGGAGGCGCGAGCGCGGCGGACGUGCGUCUGAUGUGGAAGACCGUGCGCGACAGGGGCGUGCAAGUAAAGGCGAGCGCAGGGAUCAGGACGUUUGAGAAAUGCAAGGAGAUGUUUGACGCGGGCGCGGGAAGGAUUGGAACAUCGUCGGGAGUCGCUAUCAUGGAACGGCGGGGUGCAUCUGCAGGCGUCUACUAAUGAGCGAUGGACUUGGCCGAGGACUCGGAAAGGAUUUUUGGGCAAUUGUGUAUUCCUCUCUUGUAUACCAGUGGUUAGCGUUGUAGCUUUACACAAUUCCUGCGCUAUGGAGGAUUCCUGCCUGUGUGUGCCAGAAGAAGG